AGGUUGGGAGGUUGGGAAGGUCAAAUCCUGUCUUGUCUCUCUAGAAGUUUGUGUACUAUGCUAAACUUUUCCUACAUGAAGAAUGUACCUGCAAUGUACUUCAGUAAUGACUGUAGAUGUAGUAAAAGUUGAGUAUGCAAAGUUUCCAGAGAGGCCAGGUGUGAGGCAAUAGAAGGUAAAACUCAUUUAUUAUCUUAUUAUUGAAGUAUACAUAGUGAUUCUUUGGAAAAUUAUGUGUACUACACUCAACUUUUACUAUAUCUACACUUAUUAGUAAUGUACACUGCAGUUCACAUACAUGUAUUCACACAUAAAGCCACAUGAAAGUAUCCCAGAAGCCACUGUUUGGCUAUUGAGAAAGCUCUUAACUGUAAACUGCUCAGCUUAUGCUUGGAUUGGACUCCUUUGUAUAGAAAAAUUUAUUAAAUAAAUGUAUAUCCUUCUUGCCUUUACCUUUUCUAUUUUUGCCCUCAGCUGAAUGAAGAGUUUUGUCCUUAAACUGGCAACUGGUUCAAAAUAAAAAUCUCUCAUGCAAAUCUUGUUUAAAGUCCACACAAGUGUUCACCAUCCUGUAUACAAUUUAUAUUAAAACCAAGAGUCUCAUUGGCGAUUGGUGUGGUUUUGAAAACGUAGAAUACAAAAAUGGUGCCUUUAAAUUGUAAUCCUGCUAAGAAGUGAGUCCAGUUGUCCUAUUUUUAGCCAAAACCUGGUUGUUGUGAGUUACAGUUUCUACAGCCGCAGAGCCGUCUCCUGGCAAAGGUCAAAACACUUCAUUGUUUAAACUCUGGAAGUCAGCAUACUAAAUUAAUUUCCUUGCCUAAAUACUUAGACAGAUCCAGCGUGCAUUGCAUAUUCAUUAUACAACAACUAGACAAGCAGUGACUUGAAAUCUCUCAUGUUUGUUUUAACAUAAAUUGGCCAUGAGAUGGUGCCAGUGACCGCUUGGGUUGACUUUGCAUGCGAUUUUGGAAUUAUGUAAUGAGGCUUCUUGAGGCUUGAGCAGGUUGGUAUUAAACCAGGUGCCACUCUAAGGACCACACUGUUCAUUCAGUUGAGGAGAAGUGGCAAAGGCAAGAAGGACAGACUGAUAAAAGAGGAGGUGUGGCAGAUUGUGUGGAAGGCAAAUUUCCCGCUAAAUGUCAUCAUCCUUGAUAGCAAGGUUCAGCAUAUCUGACAUGCACAUUUCUGCUCCACCCAAAUGUCCUUCAGUGUUUGGAAACACAGGAUGGAUUGGUUUUGCAUUCUAAAAUAAUAGAGAAUGGACCAGUUAAAGCGAAUACCAUCUGUUCUUGGUUUGCUCUUUUUUGAUAUUCAUCUGAAACAAAUGCUUUUAAAGAAAUGAUUCACCUAAGUUAUAUCUUUCUGGAGAAAAUAUGCAGUAGAAAUUAUAUUAGGCAACUUUUUGAAGAUCAAACAAUAGGCACUAGGACCCAGAGGCCCAUGAAAGAGGGCAAAACAAAGCUGUCAGAAGCAAAGGAAUGAGCCAGACACAGGACCGGCAGGAGAAAGAGAGCCGGGAAUGCUCAGACAGGGUGAUAGGAUGAGGGUAGGACAAGGGUGAGACGAGGGAGAGAUGAGGCAUCAGGGUGGCUGUAGAGAGACAAAGUGACAGAUUGAGAUUCACAAGCAGAUAAGCAACAGAAGGAGGAGUGAAGGGAUGAAAGGAGGAGGGGCCUGAGCUGCUCAGGAGCUUAAAAACAGCAGAGCGCGAAAGGGAACCUUCAUAACACAGAGUGAACGUGGAGUAAACUGAAGGCACUCGUUUGGAGGAAUAAAUCAGCAUCACUCGAGGGCCUAUGGAGCGGAAAGGAACCGAGCAAGCAAAGCAACAGAGGGACUUUAAGUACUAUUUCUUCAUGAGAAGCAUCAAUCCUUUGAGGAAUUGAGGAUCCAUCUUCAUAUCAACUAUCAACCUGUCCUUUGAGAAACCUGUCCUGUAAAACACUACAAGAAGCUCAAAGAUCACUCUUCACUUCCCGGGAGUGGGAUGGGACCUGAACACUGAGGAUCUGUGAGAAAUCACUGCCCUCUGACCCUGCACCAUGUUGCCCUGGCAUGGGCCGAAAGGGCCGUUCCUGCCCCUGGUCCUGAGCCUCCUACUCACCACCUGCGCUGGACAGGACAGCCUAGAGGAACUAGAGCUUGAUGAUGAGAGCAACUCCGUGAGCACAGAGAGUCCUGAGACUGUGUCUUCAGAUAUGGACAUAGUUGAUCCUCAUAGGACCUGGAUAGCCUUCAGGGAUAACUCAAAUAAGGGUGGAAACAAGAAGCCCAAACAAAAUAAAAGAAUAUCAAAGCAUGGCCUGCCUGGUCCUCCGGGCCCUCCCGGACCCCAGGGGCCUCCUGGUCCUCCUGGCCCACUGAUGCCCAACCAGGACGAGAUAUUGGAGGACCUCCAGCUAAAGCUGAAAGAGAUGGUGGGCAGCCAGUGUGUGCUCUGUGAACAGCCCCCCCGCGUGGCCACAGCCUUCCACAGCCACCUGCGCCGCAAUCUGCUGGUCCAGAGACGGAGUCUACAGGAGCUCCAGCCUUUCAGCAGCCCUUCAGACAUGGAGCAGUUUCACCAGAGAGGCCAGGGCUUCAACACCAGCAGCGGCCGCUACACCGCUCCGGUGUCGGGGUUCUACCAGCUCACCGCCAGCCUGGUGCUGGAAUCCAGUGAGACUCAGAAAAGGACCCAGGCACGACAAAAAGACAGUGUGAAGGCCUCCAUAUGUAUCGAGUCUCUCUGUCAGAGCAACAUGUCUCUGGAGACGGUAACAGGCGUGAGUCCUGCAGGAGGAGUGUUCAGCAUUCUGCUGACAGGAACCUUAUACCUGCAGGCUGGCGAGUACGUGUCUAUUCUAAUUGACAACGGAACAGGAUCAGCACUAACAGUCCUCCAAGACAGCUUAUUUUCUGGGAUCCUUCUUGGAAUAUAAGCCCACAAAGACAAACCACACACAGUAAGACGGACAGAGAGAGAGAGGAGACAUACACACGCACAGACACAGACAGAGACACAUGUAUGUAGACAUACAUGCAGUCAGACAGAGACACACAGAUAGACACAGGAAGGGAGAGAGGCACACACAAAAGGGCACAUAGACAUACACUCACUGGUAACUUUAACAGGAAUACCUGCAUACCUGCCUAUUUAUGUAGUUAUCCAAGCAGCCAAUCAUGUGGCAGCAGCACAAUGUAAGUCAUCUAUAGUAACUCAGUCACUCUUUACAACUGUGGUGAGCAGAAAAGCAUCUCAGAAAGCACAAGGUGGAUUGACUACAACAGCAGAAGACCACACUGGGUUCCAUUUCUGUCAUCCAAGAACAAGAAUCUGAGGUUAUUACGGGCACACACUCACCCAAACUGGACAGCUGAAGACUGGAAAAAGACCAAGUGAUUUGUUUUCCAAUCUUCAAAUAUCCAGUUUGGGUGAGCCUGUGCCCAUGAUAGCUUCAGAUUCCUGUUCCUGGCUAACAGGAGUGGAACCCAGUGUGGUCGACUGCUGUUGUAGCUCAUCCACCUCAAGGUUUGAUGUGUUGUGCUUUCUGAGAUGCUUUCCUGCUCGCCACGGUUGUAAAGAGUGAGUUACUAUAUCCUUCCUGGCAGCUCGGACCAGUCUGGCCAUUUUCCUCUGACCUGUCUUAUCAACAAGCCAUUUCCACCCACAGAACUGUUGCUGUGUAUUCUGUGUAAACUCUAGAGACUGUUGUGUGUGAAAAUCCCAGAUCAUCAGAAGUUUCUGAAAUACUCUAACCAGCCAUCUCGUACCAACAACCAUGCCACAGUUAAAGUCACUGAGAUCACAUUUUUUCUUCAUUCUAAUGUUUGAUGUGAAGAUGAACUGAAGCUCUUGACCUGUAUGAAUUUAUGCAUUGUGCUGCUGCCACAUGAUUGGCUGAUUGGAUAACUGUAGGAAUGUUCAGGUGUACCUAAUAAAGUAGACAGUGAGUGUACAAAGUCAGACAGACGUACACACACACACACACACAUACAUACACAGUAAGAGAGAGACAGAGGUAAACACAGACAGUUAGACAUGUGCAUAGACAGAUACACACAGACAGAGAGACAAGUGCAGAGAGAGAGAGACCACUAAACGCAAAUAGCUACCAGUCUUUCCCAGGCUAGUUCUCCCUCUCUCGAUGCAUAUUUCUUCGCUUGUAAUUCAGGAAUCAUAUCAGCAGUAAUAAUUAUGGCGUUUCCCCAAAUAUCUACACUAAGACACUUUUGCAUCUAAAACAUUUUCACCUUGACCAAGGAAUAAUUACACAACUUUAACACAUUUAAUCGUCUGUCCAUAGAGAUGUACGUAUUUUUUCAUGUGCUGUGUUUAUAUGCUACAGCUCUGCAUUGAACAGGAUAAAGAAAUUAUAUACGUAUUUAUUUUGCAUUUUUGAACAAAGUUUGUGUGAAUGUUAAUAAAAACCUUGCUGAACGUGA